ACUGAUAGCAAAGGGGAGAGAGGGAGAGAGAGAGAGAGAGAGAGAGUGGGCAGGGCUCUGUAUGUGGGAACAACAGCACGCCGGCCAGUGGGACAGACAGGGGGGAGAAAGAAAGGAGGGGAGGAAGAGGAGAGUGUGUGUGUGUGGGGGGUUAAGUGCUUGUAAGUGUGCGUGUGUGUGAAAGCAGACGGAGACAGUGUCCAAGUGCAAGACAGUGAGCCAGGAGGAGAGAGAUGCUCGGAUGAGGAUGAGGAGUAACAGGGCGAGGCAGCAGCGAGAGGUUCUGUGUGUGUGUUUGAGGAACAGUGUGUGAACAGAGGGAUGCAGUCAUGUCUCUGUGAGAGGGAGCAGCACAGCAACGGUAACCAUGCUGAGCCCCAAGAUAAAACAGGCACGCCGGGCGCGGUCCAAGAGCAUGGUGCUUGGAGAGUUGUCCCGGGUCUCCCGGCCCUGCUCUCCUCUGGAUCAGGAGAAAGCGCUGAAGGCCGGCUGGCUGAAGAGACAGCGGAGCAUCAUGAAAAACUGGCAGCUGCGUUGGUUUGUCCUGAGGACCGAAGCUCUGUAUUUCUACAAGGACCGGGAUGAAACCAAGGCACAGGGUUGUAUUCCUCUUCAGGGCAGUCAGGUCAAUGAGCUGCCUGCCAAUCAAGACGAGCCUGGUCGUCACCCUUUUGAAAUCGUUCCAGGGGGGGCUGGAGAAAAGGAUCGAACGGGCAUAAGCCACGAAUCCUUCCUGCUGAUGGCCAACUCUCAGAGUGACAUGGAGGAAUGGGUCAGAGCCAUACGUAGAGUCAUAUGGGCUCCGCUUGGAGGAGGUAUCUUUGGGCAGCACCUAGAGGAGACGAUGUUGUACGAGGCCCAGUGUGGCCCUCAGCGACUGGUCCCUGUGCUGGUCGAACAGUGUGUGUGUUUCAUACGUGAGCAUGGGCUCGAGGAGGAGGGCCUUUUCAGGGCCCCCGGACAGACCAAUCAUGUUCGAGAGCUGCAGGAUGCCUUAGACCGUGGCGAGAAGCCAGUGUUUGACAGUACCACAGAUGUCCACACAGUGGCAUCGCUGCUAAAACUGUACAUACGGGAGCUGCCGGAGCCUAUAAUCCCAUUCUCCAAAUACACACAGUUUCUCUCUUGUGCUCCGUUUCUUACCAAGGACAAAGCAAUGGGUAUCACAGAGCUAAGCAAACAGGUGAAAUCCCUUCCUCAGGUCAACUACAACCUCCUCACAUACAUCUGCAAGUUCCUGGACGAGGUUCAGUCCCACUCCAAUGAGAAUAAGAUGAGUGUUCAGAACCUGGCCACUGUGUUUGGACCCAACAUCCUCCGGCCCAGAGUGGAGGAUCCAGUCACCAUGAUGGAGGGAAGUUCACAGGUGCAGCUCCUCAUGACUGUGCUGAUCAGUGAACACGCCCGACUUUACCAACGGGAGGAGCCGGAAACUGAGGUCAAGACUCCCCAACAGCAUCAGUUGAGUCCUCUGCAACGGUGCAAGGUGGAAUGGCUCUCACAAGACGACGCUAACCCGCCACCCUCCUCAGGCACAGGCUCCAAAACCCCUAAAGAGCAAUCCCGAUCCUCCACCCCUACUACAGACGGUAAGCCGACUGCACCGAGCCCCGUUAUGACGUCGGAGAAGGGCGAGGAUGGUCAGAUUGAAGGAAAGGGCAAAGCUAAGACUGAAGAGAAAGCAGAUAUCAAAACUGAAGGGAAAGGUGGAGGUGAAGUAGCUGUUAGCCCCAGUAAACAGUCUAAAGCCCUGCCCUCCUGGAGGAGCUCCUUCAAAGGCGGUGCAGCAUCUGGGGUGCCGAGGGGGAAAAUAGGGGGGUCAGCAGGGGACGUGUCAGCAGCUGGUGGGACCAACUGGCUGAUGAACGGCCUGUCGUCCCUCCGAGCUCACAGGCGCACCACCUCAUCUGGUGAAAGACUUAAAGACUCCACCCUGAAGGAUUCAACCCUUUCCCUUAAAGAGGGAACUCUUCCACUUAAGGACACACAGAGAGACUCUGAUGAGGACUCAUCUCAAACACCCCUGUCUCACAGAGCUCUCCACCAAUCCCACAGACUGUCUGCCUAUGACAACGUCGCCCCCUCCAGUUUAAGCCUGCCUGCCGACACCUCCUCCAUGUGGACAUCCUUUGAGAUCUCGUUGGCCGAGCCGGAGGGAAGCGAUAAGGCAGUAAAAGUAGAGCAGGUUCAAGAGAGACCCACAGAGGUGAGGGACAGUACGAGUACUCUGGAUAACAGUGCAAGCGGUACCGAGGAUGACCUCACAGGGACAAACGACGGUCUCGCCAACAUGCUGGCCGAGCUCAAGCAGGAGCUGAAGAAACAGAGGACGAGCUACGAAACCUGCAUUCGCAAGUUGGAGGAGUCCUGUUCCAAGUACCAGUCCCAGGUAAACCGCCUGGAGGAGGAGCUGGACCAGGAGAAGAAGAAGUUCCACAUGCUGGAGAUCCGACUCAGGAACUCGGAGAGGGCACAUGAAGACGCAGAGAACCGAAACGUCCUCCUCCAGAAAGAGAUGGAGGAGUUCUUCCAAACCCUUGGAGAUCUGACCACAGGAGCAACACGGACCAACUAGACCAGACCAACCUGCCUUCAUCUGGUCCAUCAGAGGAGGAGGAGGAGGAGGAGCUUGAUUAAUUUGAAGACCAGUCAGCCCCAAAGCUUUUAAGACCAAAUACCUCUAGUGCAGUACUACUUGCCAUCGUGUCCUCUUUAGUACAGCCGUCUUGUGCCUACACUAACCAGUGCCGGUGCCAAACGAGAACUCCUCUGGACCAAGCAAGCAUUUUACCAUUCCUUACUAUUAUACACCACAGGUCAUGUAGCUGUAGCUGAUUAUUUAUUGACUAAGAGAGCUGAAAAGGCUUGAUACAGUCUUCCCAUACACACCCUGUUCAAUUCCCAUUAGAACUCAUAAUGUUAACUUGACAGUAAAAGAAAGAACAAUGCGAGACAUUAAAAUCCAACUCUUUUAUUUGCUGGAGUUGAAGGUAGACAGUUUCCAUUUUUUGAUGUAUAUAAUUGGUCUGUUAGUGAGGCAAUUUCAGAUCCACAGGCUAAACUUCACACAGCUGGCCUGAUCAAAACACACCACAACAGGUUAACUCUUGGCUGUCAGCGUCAGACGACUGCAGCAUCAUCCCAGUAGUGCCGAACGGCGUUCCCGUCUUUCCUCUAAAUGUACCUGCACUAAAACCAGAUGUGCUCGGAGAAAAACUCAUGCGUAGUCUAAUCUAUCUUUUCUAUUUUUGAGGAGAGGAAAACAACAAAAAAGAGGAAGCCACAGCAGCCUCAUUGAGAUGUGUGGCCCAGGACGGGUCAGGACAUGCGUCACAAUCCCCAAAGUGCAUUCUGGGAGCUGAUGCUAAGGGGGGUUAGUUACUGCCUGGGGUGCCCAACCAUGAAAAGGGCAAAAGGGACAGGUUGGGAAUUUGAGCCA